AUGAUACACGCCUACAACCCCAGAACUCCAGUGGCUGAGGAUGGAGGAUUGCCACAACACACAAACACAGACGUUUUACACUUUUCCACAUCUGAUUCUGAGGGAAACCAUUAUAAUAAAAACAUGGAAGCUACACUAAGGUGGUUAGAAGUGGACUUGAAAUAAAUCAAAGAAACCUUAAGCAGAACAAACAAGAUUAAGGAGGAAGAACUUUUGGGAUUCCCAUGGACCCUGCUGAGGCAGAGUGAAUUCAGCAAACUUUAUAAAGGAGCAUAUCAAGUGGCCAUAAAAAUAUUCAACAAGCUCUAGACCAAAUGCAUUGGAAAAGUGAAAGAACAUUUUACAGAGACCAGUGCCUUGAAGAAAUCUCAUUCCCCCAACAACCUACAUAUAUGUGAGGUCUGCAUUGUUGAAACAGGGAGUUUGCCUCAAUUUUCCAUGGUCACUGAGUACUGUGAGUGCAGUACCCUGAAGGAAGUAUUGGAUAAGGAAAGGGAUCUCAGCCUGGGUUUGUGUGUCCUCCUGCUCCUGGGAGCAGCUAAAGGAUUGUACAGGUUACACCACUGCAAAGCCCUACCACUGCACAGAAACAGUAGCAGCUCCAGUUUCCUGGUCACUGCAGGCUACGAAGUGAAGCUUACAGGAUUUGAGAUGAGAGAAACACAGACUUCCAUCAGUCAGAAAACUAAGGGAAUAGAACAGUCAAAUCCUACAGAGUAUUUCUCACCCCAGAAUCUGGAAAAUCUGCUUUGUGAAAAGGACACUAUAGCUAAAAUAUACAGCUUUGGAAUUGUCCUCUGGGAAAUCGCCACUGGGAAGAUCCCAUAAGGCUGGGCUUUUAAGGAGAUCUGCCAGCUGGUGUUCAAGAACCCACAGCAGGAUUUGUUGAGAGAAGACUACCCUCCCCAGCUGUAGGAGGUCACUGAUGAGUUCAGGGCCUCUGAGCCCUCUGGGCAGCCCUCUGGGGACGAAAUUCUGGAGAAAACUGUCGACUUUUGCUGCGUAGCAUGUAAAAACCUGAAGCAAAGAGUACUGGACAAGAGGCUCAAAGAAACACAAACAGGACAUCUCUGA